AUGUCUGAUCUGCAAGUAUCAUAUCUGCAAGUGUCGGCAUCUGCAAAUGUCGGGUCUGCAAAAGUCGGGUCUGCAAGUGUCGGGUCUGCAAAUGUCAUAUCUGCAAGUGUCGUGACACGGGGGGGGGAUUAUGUAAUUAUUUUUCCUUUAAAGAUUAGUCGUCGAUUUUGUCGUUCAUUUAUUUCCCUUCUCCGCGAUGUUAAAAAUGAUGGCCCUCCAUUUAAUAAAACAACACAAAUGAUUGUACAAUUAUUUAAAAGAUUUUCUAAAGGCCCUUCCACAAUUUCUGCAUAUCAGGCUUACUGUAUUAAUUAUAGAGCAACAAUUGAAUAUUUGGGUACAAUUAGACAAAAAGAUGAACGUUUUGUUGAUUUUGAAAGAAUUUGUGUGACUGACCCUCGCUGUGAACGUUUACAAUUGGAAGAUUUAUUAAUUUCUCCUUUACAACGAAUUACUCGUUUACCUAUUUUAUUAAAAGAAAUUCUAAAACAUACAGAACUUCAACAAGAUAGACAAAGCCUCGAAAAAGUUUUGGAACAAAUGAAUGAAAAUUUAAGAACAAUAGAUGAUAGUGUUCAAUGGUUACAUAAUUUUGAACGUCUCCAACAACUUCAACGACAAAUUGUUUGGCCUUCAGUUACUGAAAUUGAACCUAAAGCUUUUAUUCCUGAUUUUUUAAAAAAUGCUGUUUCAAAACAAUUUUGUGAAAAUUUUGUUGCCCAUCCUCGAAGAAAAUUGUUACACGAAGGGUAUUUGGAAUUUAUUGAAAAUGGACGUAAUUCUGAUUGUUAUUGUUUUUUAUUUAAUGAUAUGUUUUUGGUUACAAAAGUAAAGAAAGUUGCUUCGAAAUCGAAGAGAAAUAGCAACAGCGGCCUAACUUCGUCCAUUUCCUCAGUCACAGCCAGUAAUGCAAAUGGACUUUUAAAUGGAAAUAAAAUUUUUAUUGUCCAUCGACAGCCUCUCCCUUUAGAUUCUUGUGUUUUUUGUGAUACUGAAUCCCAAAUUGAUAUCCAAACACAGCAACAACAAAAUGGGGCUUCUCUAAACAAUUCAUUUGUUGUUAUGCACCUUACUCGAUAUUAUCAACUAUUAAAUAUUUACACAUUACAAGCUUCUAACAAAAAAGAGAAAGAAAUUUGGCUCGAAAAGUUUCAAGAGGGAAUUGAGAAUUAUGAAUGUAUUCAAUUGAAAGAUGCCCUAAGAUCCACCCCAUUGUAUCACAGCCUAAGCUUGAGGCGUUCAUCUAGUGGGAGAUCUCAUUGUAGCACAAAUAGCACUGGAGUAGUUAAUCAGCAAAAUGAGAAAAGUCCUGAUUUGUAG